AUGGUGCCACAUAUUGCUGCCGCAAUGUGUUCAAAGCAUCUUGAAGCACAUCUCCUGCAACCCUCAUGGAGAGCCAGGCCGGGGGAUCAGAAGAUGAGGCGGACCGGCUUCGAGGCAGGGGGAUCAGAAGAUGAGGUGGCCCGGCUAGCGCACGGCGUUUACGCGAAGAGGAUGCCUCGGUCGCAUGACCAUUCGGCGCUGGCCAGAGAGACGUUUUCUCCCACAUCUGUCUUUUGCAUUGGCAGCGCCAUGGUGCUGUUCCGGCAGUGUCCGCUGCCCCCAGACGUUCCUGGCAAGCUUUGGCUGCAUUCCAUGCCGGGAAAGAAUGAAGACUGGAAUGUUUUCGUUGAGAAUGCGAAGUCUGCAGAUGUCAAGGGCAUCGCCUGCAUGACGAGCCGUGCGGAGGUUCAGGAGAAAUCGCCCAGCUAUGCCGAGGCCAUAUCAAAGGACUCUGCUCCUUGCAAGGUCUUGGAGUUUGCCAUUCCGCCGGGCGGCGUGCCUGAGGACGCCGCUGCUUUCAAUAGCUUCAUUGCGAGCUUGAUCACGCUUGUGCGCGAAGGCCAGGGUGUUUUGGUACACUGCACCGGCGGUGUGGGGCGAACGGGCUUUGUGGCCAUCUGCAUGCUGCAGCGGCUUGGUAUGGACCUCGAGGACGCGAAGGCGCGAGUGCGCGAGGCGGGAAGUGGCCCCGAGACGGAUGAGCAGCACGCGUACCUCAAGUCCUUUGCGGAGAGGGGUCACGAACUUGCCCUGGCAUUAGGCCCUUGGGCCUGCAAAGAGCAGGGGCGAUUUUCCGAGGACAAUGACAAUGACAAACUGAGUUUUUGA